CAAACAGAGAAAUGGGUACACGAAAGUACAGUGCUACUUGGGGUAGUAGAUCAAGCCUAACUUAGCUGACCGCGGGCAGCAGUAGAGAGAGAGAGAGAGAGAGAGACGGGUUCGGUCAGGUCAAUUUGGGUAGCUCUGUGUUUUGGUGGCCAAAGUAUUAACCCAUUGCCCCUCCCCAAGUCCCGAGCUUAGGUGGGUCGACCUUGGAUUUUGGGUAAAAAGCCUCGAGGGACCGAAACUCUCUCUUCCUUCAUCUCUGCACUUUAUUCUCUUCAAAUUCGAUAGUUUUACUCUGUGCCCUCGAACGAGGUUUCCUUUGAGACAAAACUCUCUCUCUCUUCUCUCUUCUGCAUUGUCGUCUUCUAACACUCAGAAUCUCAUAUCUUACUUCUAUGAAUAAGGGCUGUACCUCUCUGUUCAUUUCCGUUUGAGUUUCUUUUUGCUUGAAAAAAAAACUGUGUUCCUCUGUUGACUGAGCUCGGUCCACAAAUCAUAGAACCAAAAUGCAUAUCUGGGUCUUUCGAAUCAUAAACUGAAAAUGCCGUGAGUCAUGAGAAUGGGAUGUUAAAAGUUGUUCUUUUUUUUUUAGUUGUGUUUUCAUAACAUGAAGGAAAACAGAGGACUGCCCUUUUAUUGUUUUCUAAAUCAGUAACCAGUUCCCAUUGUUUUGAGCAAUAACCAUUGCUUGAGCUUCUAUUUCUUAUUUCUAUUUUUCACUUUUGUUUAAAACCCAAGUUUUUUUUCCUCCAUUUUCUUCUAAGAAGUACAAUCAUUGAAAGUAUCGGAGAGUUCAAAGAAGGAAAAAAAACUGAAAUCGCAUUGUUGCUAUAAAUCAAGCUUGCUAUAUGAAGUUGUGAACAAUGAGAGAUGAGAAUUCCAAGAAAAGCAAGCUUUCAUGGCCUAAGACACUUGUGAAGAAGUGGUUCAAUAUAAAAAGCAAAGCUGAGGAUUUUCAGGCAGAUGAUGUCAUUUACGGAGGUGUUGAUGAAGAGUGGAGGAACACCUAUUCAGAGAGGGAACCAUGCACAAUCAAGAAAAGUAAAACAGAAAGAUUCAGCAAAAGGCACUCUGAUAGAGUCCGCCGAGGUAAAAUCGAUCUAGACUCCUCCCAAGUUACUGAUGUGCAUAAUUAUAGGGUCUUUGUAGCAACAUGGAAUGUGGCUGGAAAAUCUCCUCCAAGUAAUUUGUGUCUUGAGGACUGGCUUCACACCUCGCCUCCGGCUGACAUAUAUGUUCUUGGGUUUCAAGAAAUAGUCCCUUUGAAUGCUGGAAACGUUUUGGGCACAGAAGACAAUGGCCCAGCUAGAAAAUGGCUAGCCCUUAUUAGAAGGACCCUGAAUAGUCUUCCAGGGACCAGUGGAGCUUGCCAUAAUACCCCAUCACCUGUUCCUGAUCCAAUAGUUGAAAUAGAUGCAGAUUUUGAAGGGUCAACAAGGAAGAAAGCAUCGGCUUUCUUUCACCGCCGGUCGUUCCAGUCAUUGAGCCGGAGUAUGAGAAUGGACAAUGACAUGUCAGUCAUAGAACCCCGUCUCGAUCGACGGUUCAGUGUUUGUGACCGGGUCAUCUUCGGUAACAGGCAAAGUGAUUAUGAUCCAAAUUACAGAUGGGGUUCCUCGGAUGAUGAGAAUGGACCCGGGGAUUCCCCGAUGGCUGGUCACUAUUCACCAAUGUCCUUCAAUGGCUCUUUGUCCAUGGAAGAUAGAGACAAACAGACAGGGCACUCUAGGUACUGUCUGGUGGCUAGCAAGCAAAUGGUCGGGAUUUUUUUAACUGUGUGGAUGAAAAGUGAUUUAAGAGACGAUGUUCGAAGCUUGAAAGUGUCUUGUGUUGGCAGAGGAUUAAUGGGCUAUCUCGGAAACAAGGGCUCCAUUUCAGUUAGCAUGUCUUUGCACCAAACAAGCUUUUGCUUCAUCUGUAGUCAUUUGACAUCUGGGCAGAAGGAAGGAGAUGAACUUCGAAGAAAUUCUGAUGUCAUGGAGAUCCUAAGGAAGACAAGGUUUCCCAGGGUUCAUGGCAUUGGAGAUGAGAACUCCCCACAGACAAUAUUGGACCACGAUCGAAUCAUUUGGCUUGGAGACUUGAAUUAUCGUAUUGCCCUUUCUUACCGUUCUGCAAAGGCUUUAGUUGAGAUGCGCAACUGGAAGGCAUUGUUAGAGAAAGAUCAGUUGAGGAUAGAACAGAGAUGGGGGCGAGUUUUCGAUGGUUGGAGUGAAGGAAGAAUAUAUUUUCCUCCAACAUACAAGUACUCUAAUAACUCAGACAGGUAUGCGGGAGAGGAUAGACACCCUAAAGAGAAAAGAAGAACUCCAGCAUGGUGUGAUCGUAUACUAUGGUAUGGAAGAGGCCUGCAUCAGUUGUCUUAUGUUCGUGGCGAGUCAAGGUUCUCAGAUCAUAGACCAGUUUACAGCAUUUUUGUGGCAGAAGUGGAGUCAUUAAAUCGUAACCGGAUAAAGAAAAGCAUGAGUUGUUCUAGCUCCAGGAUUGAAGUAGAAGAGUUGUUGCCACACUCGAAUGGAUACACUGAACUCAAUUUCUUUUGAGGGUGGAUUUUUCUCUAUUCAUCUCUUGGAUCAAGAUUAUACAACAAGGGUCUCAUGUUGCUUGCAACUCUUGGUACUUUCCCAAGAUAUUGAAGAGCUCUAUGGCUAAAAAAAAAGAUUCCCUAAAUGAAUUUCAAAUUCUUAGGAUCUCAGAUCCUAGUUUGCAACCCUACUCAAGUCAGGAGGUGAUCACGGCUUGCAAAGGAACCUUACCUUGAUGGUGAUAAAGACAUUAUGACUGUGUUUGCAUACAAUCCUAAAAGCAGGUACAUAGUUCAAACUCUCUGACUCCAUAUACCACAACUUACAAAUUCUUUUUUACGACUAGAAAAGCAAAACCAAUUCAGACAAAUCUCCAAACACUGACAUUGUUUAUAUUCAUUAUUAAGAAAAGGGAUUCAACCAGUUUUGGAGGCUCCAAGUCAGUUGGGCAUCUAUCUAAUUUGUUUGGCAGUUCUUUUGAAUAAAGAAAAUGAAUAAACUUGGAAUAUAUUAACAGCUUAAGAAGAUCAUAGAAUCAACAACUUUUUGAGGAUAUUUUCCCCCUUUUUUUUAUUUGGGUUUCUCCAAUUUUGUUUACUUGUACUAAGUAGAUAUAAUUUAUAUAAGGAUAAAAGAGCUUGGAGAUGUGAUGUGGUCUCUGAUUGAUACUUAAUGCAAGAGAAGAAAAGAGAAGUGCAACUUCUGAUGUAAAAGUUUUUUUUUUAAA